CGCUUAUUGGAGUCAAAGAGUAGUCGCCCACCAUCUUCAUACCUUUGCUCAUUCCUCACGCUUCCAAAUUCGUAUCGUACAUCCUGCGCUCGAUCUCACAGCUUUUUGCAAGCGCUUGGAACAGGCUUCAUCCACCCCACCCCCACCAUAAGUCCCUUUUUAUCCCCAGCCACCUUAAGCAGGAAAGGAGCAGCGGUUCUGACCAGAGGCAAAGGACACACGGGGGGCUUGCGUCUCUCCUCUAUAUUCGGCUUGUUGUGGUUCGGGCAAUGGACAGAAGAAGAUGAGUCCUGCUUUGCCAACAUCAUCAGAAGAGGAACGUCGCGCUGCGGCAGGAGCUCUGGAAUCGCGACCUGACGAGGUGGAGAUGAGGUCGUGCGCGCCCACAGCCCAGCUCGUUGUCAAAGAAGAGUCCGACAGCGAAAAGCCAAAGAGGUCCAAGUUGCGUUUUCAAACCCCUUCUGCGCACAGCAGUCAUGCCAGUGUUGACGACAAGAAUGGCUUGUUGCCAUCCGACGACGAGAAGGCGCCUGCGUGGGACGAGCAUGAGGACUCAGCGAGCGUAGGGUCGAGCGCGAGCGAGAGCAGCUCCAGCGCAUCCUCCUCGCGCUCCUUGUCCUUUGAGCCCAAGGCAGAGCCGUAUCAGUCGACAGCAUCUUCUUCAGCAUCUCCCAUCAAAAGUGCCGCAUCCUCAGGACCAUCCAAGGCACCUAGGCGCCAACCAAAGGAGCCCGCCAGGCCGCCUCAGCUCAUACAACAUUUGCCACUGGCAGAGUGGGAAGCCAUGCAGACUUUUGAUGAGCUGCCGCGCAACUGGUACGAGAGAGCAAAGCUGGGCAGGAGCAAAGGACAAGAGGAAGGGAUGGUUUGCGAGUGUAGAUAUCGAAGUGGCGAUGACCCUGCACUUGUUGCCUGCAGCGAGGACUCUGGUUGUAUCAAUCGCCUGACGCAGGUCGAAUGUCUGGCUUCAGAUUGCCAAUGCAAAGAGCAUUGUCAGAAUCAGCGAUUCCAACGAGCGCAAUACGCCAACAUUGAAAUCGUCCAAACCGAAAAGAAGGGCUUUGGCUUGCGCGCAGCCAAUGAUUUGCCCGCCGACGCGUUUAUAUACGAGUAUAUUGGCGAGGUCGUCGAGCACAAGACUUUCAUGAAGCGGAUGCAGCAGUACGCCCAAGAAGGUGUCAGGCACUUCUACUUCAUGAUGCUGCAGCGAGAAGAGUACCUCGAUGCCACGAAAAAGGGCGGCAAAGCGCGGUUCAUAAAUCAUAGCUGCUCGCCAAACUGUUAUGUUGCAAAAUGGCACGUUGGCAAGCACAUGCGGAUGGGCAUCUUCGCUCAGCGAAGCAUCACAGCUGGCGAAGAAUUGACUUUCAAUUACAACGUUGAUCGAUACGGCCAUGACGCGCAAGAGUGCUUCUGUGGAGAGCCAAAUUGCGUUGGCACGCUUGGAGGGAAGACCCAGACCGAUAUCGGGGGCAUGGACCAGCUGUACAUUGAUGCUCUUGGCAUAGCCGAGGAGGUGGAUGCUUUGGAAGCAAAAGGUUCGCGGCGAAAGAAGAGCAGGCAUUUGGAUGAAGACUUCAACCCGGUCAUGCGACCUAUCGAGGCUCAUGAAGUCGCUCGAGUGAUCGCAGCAGUUCGACAAGCGCAGUCGGACAAGAGAAUCUUGCAGAAGCUACUGGAGCGCAUACACAUGACAACAGACGUCGCAGUGCAGAAGGCGCUCGUCAGGCUGCAUGGUUUCGUUCUGAUGGCGGCCAUCAUGGAGGAGUGGCGGGACGACAGAGCAAUUCUGCUUUUGGUGAUGGGGAGCAUGGCUCGUUGGCCGCUCAUUGCGCGCAACAAGGUUGUGGACUCGGGCGUGGACAGCACGGUCCGAGAUUUGACGUCCGACCAAAACAAGGACAUUGCCGAGCUCGCACAAAGUCUGUUGGAUGCGUGGGAAGCACUGGAGCUGAGCUAUCGCAUCGCCAGAAGAGAGGUCCCUCUGGACGCAGACGAUUCCACGCGUGAAACCCCAUCUUGGAUGGAACAGCGGCGAGCGGAUGAGUCCGAGGAGAUUGCGGUAGCCUGGAGCAAUGCACGAGCCCCCAACGCAAUCUCAACGUCUCUUCAUUCUUUAUUCCCACGACCCCUCGGCACGCUCGCUGUUGCCGCUCCUGCGAUUCAUCCUCCUCCUCGAAGGCGAGCAUUGCAAGGAUCGCCCUUUACCCCUCGAACACCAGAACAUGCAUCUCCAGCGCCGGUCAAACCGCGGCAGAAAAGCCUGGAGGAGAUUAUCAGACAGGCCAAUGCGGACGCGGCGCUGCAAACACAACUUUCCGACGAUGUCGCUCGAGUCGAACGUGAGAGAGAAAAGGAAAGGCAACGAGAGCGCAAAGCACGCAAGAGAUCUUCCAGAGGCGACAGGGAGCGCCAUGGAGAGCACGGAAGUUCUAGCAAGCGACGGAAACACGGAUCGGCAUCCGCAUCCUCGAGGCAUCAUUCCUCGUCCACUGAUCCAGAAAAGAAAUUGCGAAAGCUGGUCGGCGAAGUCGUUGUCAAAUGCAUGAGCAAAUACUCUGACAGGCUGGAUCGCGACGUCUUCAAGAAGCAUGCUCGAGACCUCACAGAUGUCGUUUGCGCAAAGGAGAUGAAGCAUACAUCCUGGCCGCCUGCAGAGGGCAAGUUGGAGACGCUGACAGCAGAAAAAAAGACGAAGAUGAAGACAUUCGCAAACGAGUACAUCGGAAAGUUGAUCGCUAGGAAGGGCAAGCCAGCGCUCAAUGGCGACUCAUCAUCGGCCCAUGCAAAUCGCAGCUCAAGCAGAACAGAUUCGCCUCCAGAAUCGCGUGGCGGCCACUCCUCGCGCCAAGGCCGUCCGUCAAAUGAGCAUGCGGCCUGGGUACCCGAUGGCGACGGAUCAAGUAGCAUCGUAGAUGAAGCAGACGCCGGAUCCCUCGGCUCCCAUGGCACAGCGUCGAAUACUGGGUCCGGCACAACGUUGGGCACUCCAGCGAGCCCCAAGGCCGUGGCUCACUUUGGUUUGCCGCCCGGGCUCAGCGCCAUGCUUUCAGUCUCGGGUGCAAAUAGCAAAGACUCACAUGCGUUGGCAUCGCCACUUGCUCGCCACAGCGACUCCUUGCCUCCAGGCCCCCCACCAUCCAUGCCCACCUUCCCGGCGCACCCAGGCCCUCCUCCGCGAUUCUAAUCGCACUGUGGACAAUCGCGACAAUCGCUCGACCUGACAUCGCGCAUGUCACAGGAUGAGGUUCGAUCCCCCCC